UGACCCCCUCUUUUUCCUGCAGGUAUGGGUUCCCCAUGGAGCUGGUGGGCGCUGUGGGCCGGAGCAGCCCUCCUGUGGGGGUUGACCCAGGAGGCCUCAGUGGACCCCGGGAACGGUGAGGAAUUCCUCACGGCCUUCCUGCAGAACCACCAGCCUGGCUCCGGCCCGGCCUCCCUCCGCCUCCUCAUCGCCAGUCUGUCGGAAAGCCCAGCCUCAGUGUCCAUCUUCAGCCGGGCCGACAACAGCUCACAGAGGGUCACAGUGAGGCCCGGGGAGUCAGUCGCGGUCAGCGUCAGCGCCAAGGCUGAAAUGGAUGGCAGCGCUAUCUUCCAGCGUGCGGUGGUGGUCCGCUCUGACCGCAGCAUCUCCGUGCAGGCGGCGAAUGCCAAGCCGAAAACGUCGGAGCUGACCCUGCUGCGGCCUGCCCGCACGCUGGGCACCGAGUACUUCGUGCUCACGCCCGCUGGCGCCUCGACCAAGUAUGUCAAGGAGUUUGCCGUGGUGGCCGGCGCAGCAGGCGCCUCCGUCAGUCUCGAGCUGAAGGGAGGCGUGACGUUCCAGGGCAAGUUCUACCCAGCAGGCAAUGUUCUGAGGGUGACUCUUCGGCCCUACGACGUGGCCCAGCUGCAAAGCACAGCUGAUCUCUCGGGGUCAAAGGUCACAGCCAGUAGCCCCGUGGCUGUCCUCUCCGGCCACAGCUGCGUCCAGAAACACACGGACUGCAACCACGUGGUGGAGCAGCUGCUACCCACGCCCGCCUGGGGCACCCUCUACGUCGUGCCCACCCUGGCCUCCCAGACCCGCUAUGACCUGGUCUAUGUCGUGGCCAGCCAGGCCACAAAGCUGACCUACAACCACGGGGGCACCACCGGCUCCCGAGGGCUCCAGAUGGGUGACGUGGCAACGUUUGAGGUGCGGCCGUCCCGGCCACUCUACCUGUCCGCAGAUGUGGGCAUCCAGGUCCUGCUGUUCGGCACGGGGGCCGUAAGGAACGGAGUGACCUACGGCCCCUACCUGGCCGUGGUCCCGGAUGUGGCAGCCUACUGCCCUGCCUACGUGGUCAAGAGCAUGCCAGGCUCUGAGGGGGUGGCCCUGCUGGUGGCACAGACGAAGGCUGCCGACAGAUUGACCGUGGACAGGCACGCGCUAGGGGCCAACCUCACCUGGGUGGCUGUGCCGGGCAGUGACUUCUCGUACGCCGAAGUUGACCUUGGCACUGCCGACAGGAUCCACACGGCCGAGGCCACCACCAACUUUGGGCUCCUCACCUUUGGGCUGGCCCAGUCUGUGGGCUGUGGGACAGCAGCCGAUUGUAGCCAGACCCGGCUGUCCCCCGCGGAGCCCAGCUGCGUGCAGUGCCCAGCGGGGCAGCGCUGCCAGGUGGUGGGCGGGCAGCCCAAGUGCGUGGCGCAGUCCGCCGGCGUCUGCCGCGCCCAGGGUGACCCCCAUUACACCACCUUCGACGGCCGUCGCUACGACAUGAUGGGCACCUGCACGUACACGAUGGCCGAGCUGUGCAGCGAGUACGACCUGCCCGCCUUCAGCGUGGAGGCCAAGAACGAGCACCGGAGCAGCCGCCGCGUCUCCUACGUGGGCCUGGUGACCGUGCGCGCCUACAGCCACUCCGUGUCGCUGGUCCGCGGGGAAGUCGGCUUCGCCCGGAUCGACAGCCAGCGCUCACGCUUGCCCGUCUCCCUGAGCAACGGCCGCCUGCGUGUGUACCAGAGCGGGACACAGGGCGUGGUGGAGCUGGACUUCGGGCUGGUGGUCACCUACAACUGGGACUGCCAGCUGGCCCUGACCCUGCCCGAGGACUUCCAAGACCAGGUGUGCGGGCUGUGCGGCAACUACAAUGGCGACCCCGGCGACGACUUCUUCACACCCGACUGGGAGCAGGCUCCCAACGCCAUGGAGUUUGCCAGUAGCUGGAAACUGGAUGACGGGGACUACUUGUGUGACGACGGCUGCCAGAACAACUGUCCCUCCUGCACCCCAGGCCAGGCCCAGCACUACGAGGGUGACAAACUCUGCGGCAUGCUGACCCGGCUUGAUGGCCCCUUCGCCGUCUGCCACGCCACCCUGGACCCCAAGCCCUUCCUGCAGGAGUGCGUCUACGACCUGUGCGUGACCGGCGGGGAGCGGCUCAGCCUGUGCCGCAGCCUCGGUGCCUACGCCCAGGCCUGCGUGGAGCUCGGCGUCUCUGUCGGGGACUGGAGGUCACCGGCAAACUGCCCCCUGUCCUGCCCGGCCAACAGCCGCUACGAGCUGUGCGGCCCCGCCUGCCCGGCCUCCUGCAACGCGGAGGCAGCGCCGUCCAACUGCUCCGGGCGCCCGUGCGUCGAGGGCUGCGUGUGUCUCCCGGGCUUCGUGGCCAGCGGCGACCAGUGCGUGCUGGCCUCGUCCUGCGGCUGCGUCUUCCAGGGCCACCUGCUCGCGCCGGGCCAGGAGGUGUGGGAGAACGAGCUGUGCCGGCGGCGCUGCACCUGCGACGGCGACACCCACCAAAUGAGCUGCCGCGACACGCAGGGCUGCCCGGCCGGCCAGCGCUGCAGCGUCCAGAACGGCCUCCUGGGUUGCUACCCCGACAACUUCGCGAGCUGCCAGGCGUCCGGGGACCCGCAUUACUUGAGCUUCGACGGCCGGCGCUUCGACUUCAUGGGCACCUGCACGUACCUGCUGGUGGGCUCCCUGGGCCAGGACGCGGCGCUGCCCACGUUCCGGGUGCUGGUGGAGAACGAGCACCGCGGCUCCCAGACCGUGAGCUACACGCGUGCCGUGCAGGUGGCGGCCGGCGGGGUGACGGUGGCCGUGCGCCGCGAGUACCCGGGCCAAGUCCUGGUGGACGGCGUCCUCAAGCACCUGCCCUUCAGCACCGCGGACAGGCAGGUGCAGGCGUUCCGGCAGGGCAACAAUGCUGUCGUGCGCACGGACUUCGACGUGACUGUCACUUUCGACUGGAACAGCCUAGUGACUGCCAGGGUGCCCAGCAGCUACGCUAAGGCCCUGGGUGGGCUCUGUGGGAACUUCAACGGGGACCCCAGCGACGACUUCGCUCUGCGGGGUGGGGGCCAAGCUGCCGACGCACUGGCCUUCGGCAACAGCUGGCAGGAGGAGACGCGGCCCGGCUGUGGAGCCCCUGAGCCAGGGGACUGUCCCCAGCUGGACUCCCUGGUGGCCCAGCAGCUGCAGAGCAAGACUGAGUGUGGGAUCCUAGCUGACCCCAAGGGGCCCUUCCGGGAGUGCCACAAGACACUGGACCCCCAGGGCGCUCUGCGCGAUUGCGUCUACGACCGCUGCCUGCUGCCAGGCCAGUCUCAGCCACUGUGCGACGCUCUGGCCGCAUACGCUGCCGCGUGCCAGGCCGCCGGGGCCGUCGUUCACCCCUGGAGGAGUGAGAAACUUUGCCCGAUGAGCUGCCCUCCCCACAGCCACUACGAGCCGUCUACCCACGGCUGCCCGCUGUCCUGCGGAGACCUUCCAGUGUCCGGGGGCUGCGGCUCCAAAGACUACGAGGGCUGCGUGUGCGACGACGGCUUUGCGCUCAGCGGUGAGUCCUGCGUGCCCCUGGCCGCCUGUGGCUGCGUGCACCAGGGCACCUACUACCCGCCGGGCCAGACCUUCUACCCGGGCCCCGGGUGCGAUGCCCUUUGCCACUGCCAGGAGGGUGGACUGGUGUCCUGUGAGCCUUCCGGCUGCGGCCCCCACGAGGCCUGCCAGCCAUCCGGCGGCAUCCUGGGCUGCGUGGCUGUGGGCUCCGUCACCUGCCAGGCGUCGGGAGACCCCCAUUACACCACCUUCGAUGGCCGCCGCUUCGACUUCAUGGGCAUGUGCGUGUACACGCUGGCUCGGACCUGCGGGACCCGGCCUGGCCUGCACCAGUUCGCCGUCCUGCAGGAAAACGUGGCCUGGGGCAACGGGAAAGUCAGCGUGACCAGGGUGAUCACGGUCCAGGUGGCUAACUUCACCCUGCGCCUGGAGCAGGGUCAGCAGAAGGUCACGGUGAACGGUGUGGACAUGAACCUGCCCGUGGAGCUAGCUGAAGGCCAGAUCCGUGCCUACAAGCACGGCUCCGACGUUGUGAUCGAGACCCACUUCGGCCUGCGUGUGGCCUAUGACCUCACGUACUACGUGCGGGUCACCAUCCCGGGCAACUACUACCAGCAGAUGUGUGGUCUGUGCGGGGACUACAACGGCGACCCCAAGGAUGACUUCCGGAAGCCCGACGGCUCGCAGGCAGGAAACCCCACCGAGUUUGGCAACUCCUGGGAGGAGGCCGUGCCCGGCUCGCCCUGCCUGCCACCGCCCACGUGCAAGCCGGGCAGCGACGGCUGCAGCCCAGAAACCUCGUGCCCUCCCGAGCUGGAGGACAAGUACCAGAAGGAGCAGUUCUGCGGGAUCCUCACCAACGCCGCGGGGCCGCUGGCCUCCUGCCACCCACUGGUCAGCCCCGACGGUCCCUUCCAGGACUGUGUCUUCGACCUCUGCGUGGCCGGCGGGAACCUGAGCAUUCUCUGCGACAACGUGCACGCCUACGUGAGCGCCUGCCAGGCCGCCGGCGGCCAGGUGGAGCCCUGGAGGACCGAAUCUUUCUGUCCGAUGGAGUGCCCCCCGAACAGCCACUACGAGCUCUGUGCGGACACCUGCUCCCUGGGCUGCUCUGCCCUCAGUGCCCCCCAGAAGUGCCCGAAUGGGUGUGCCGAGGGCUGCCAGUGCGAUCCCGGCUUCCUCUACGACGGCAAAGCCUGUGUGUCCAUCCAGAGCUGCGGCUGCUACCACAAUGGUGUCUACUAUGAGCCAGACAAGACGGUCCUCACUGACGACUGCCAGCUGCAGUGCACGUGCCACGCAGGUCAAGGCGUGAUGUGCCAGGAACACAGCUGCAAGCCGGGGCAGGUGUGCCAGCCCUCCGGAGGCGUCCUGAGCUGUGUCACCAAAGACCCGUGCGACGGUGUGACAUGCCGGCCACAGGAGACAUGCAAAGAGCAGGGUGGCCAGGGCGUGUGCGUGCCCAACUAUGAGGUCACGUGCUGGCUGUGGGGCGACCCGCACUACAACUCCUUCGAUGGCCAGAGCUUUGACUUCCAGGGCACCUGUAACUAUGUGCUGGCAACAACUGCCUGCCUGGGGGUCAGCGCCCAGGGCCUGACACCCUUCACUGUCACCACCAAGAACGAGAACCGGGGCAACCCUGCUGUGUCCUACGUGAGGCUCGUCACCGUAUCUACCCUUGGCACCAACAUCUCCAUCCACAAGGACGAGACUGGCAAAGUUCGGGUGAAUGGGGUGCUGACUGCGCUGCCUGUCUCCGUGGCCGGGGGGCGGCUUUCAGUGACCCAGGGCGCGUCCAAGGCGGUGCUGGCGACUGACUUCGGGCUGCAAGUCAGCUACGACUGGAACUGGCGGGUGGAGGUGACCCUGCCCAGCAGCUACCACAGCGCGGUGUGUGGGCUCUGCGGGAACAUGGACCGCGACCCCACUAACGACCAGGUCUUCCCCAACGGCACACGGGCUCCUUCGAUACCCAUCUGGGGUGGCAGCUGGCGAGUCCCAGGCUGGGACCCACUGUGCUGGGACCAAUGUCAGGGGUCCUGCCCAACGUGCCCCGAGGACCGGCAGGAGGAGCUCAAGGGCCCUGGCUUCUGUGGACCCCUGGCCCCUGGCGCAGGGGGCCCCUUCGCCGCCUGCCAUGCCCAAGUGCCGCCUGACAGCUUCUUCAAGGGCUGUGUUCUGGAUGUCUGCCUGGGCGGCGGGGCCCACGACAUACUUUGCCAGGCACUGGCUUCCUAUGCUGCCGCCUGCCAGGCCGCUGGGAUUGUCAUCGAGGACUGGCGGACGCAGGCCGGCUGUGAGAUGACCUGCCCGGAGAACAGCCACUAUGAGCUCUGUGGCCCACCCUGCCGAGCCAGCUGCCCGUCCCCUGCACCCCCCGCGACCUCGGCCCCCUGUGAGGGCCCCUGCACCGAGGGCUGCCAGUGCGACCCAGGCUUCGUGUUGAGUGCCGACCGCUGCGUGUCCCUUCAAGGCGGCUGUGGCUGCUGGGCCAACGGCACCUACUACGAGGCGAACAGCGAGUUUUGGGCUGAUGACACCUGCUCCCAGUGGUGUCACUGCGGGCCUGGGGGUGGCUCGCUGGUUUGCAAGCCUUCCAGCUGCGGACCGGGUGAAGAGUGUGCCCUCCUGCCCUCUGGCCAGCACGGCUGCCAGCCCGUCAGCACGGCUGAGUGCCAGGCCUGGGGCGACCCCCAUUACAUCACCCUGGAUGGGCACCGAUUCGACUUCCAAGGCACCUGCGAGUACCUGCUGAGCGCACCCUGCAAUGCGUCCGCCUCGAAGGCUGAGAACUUCAACGUCACUGUAGUCAACGAGCAUCGGGGCAGCCAGGCUGUCAGCUACACCCGCAGCGUCACCCUGCAUAUCUACAGCCACUGCCUGACCCUGAGUGCCGCCUGGCCCCGGCGGCUACAGGUGGACGGCGAGCUCGUGGCGCUGCCCUUCCAGCUGGACUCGGGCCUUCGCGCGUACCUGAGCGGCGCCGACGUGGUGGUCACCACGCCCUUCGGGCUCUCGCUGGCUUUUGACGGGAGCAGCUCCGUGCGCCUGCGCGUGCCGGCGGCGUACGCGGGCGCCCUCUGUGGCCUGUGCGGGAACUACAACAAGGACCCCGCGGACGACCUGGCGGCGGUGGGCGGGAAGCCCGGCGGCUGGCAGGUGGGCGGCGCCCCGGGCUGCGGGGAGUGCGUGCCCGGGCCGUGCCCGCAGCCGUGCACGCCCGAGCAGCAGGAGCCCUUUGGCGGCCCAGAUGCCUGCGGCGUGAUCUCUGCCCUCGACGGCCCGCUGGCGCCCUGCCACUGCCUCGUGCCGCCGGAGAAGUACUUCCAGGCCUGCUUGCUGGACGCCUGCCAAGCUCAGGGUCACCCGGGAGGCCUCUGCCCAGCCGUGGCCGCCUAUGUAGCAGCCUGUCAGGCUGCUGGGGCCCAGCUCGACGAGUGGAGGCGGCCAGACUUCUGUCCCCUACAGUGUCCUGCCCACAGCCACUACGAGCUCUGCGGUAACUCCUGCCCCGUGAGCUGCCCCAGCCUCUCCGCCCCCGAGGGCUGCGAGCCGGCCUGCCGUGAGGGCUGCGUUUGCGACGCUGGCUAUGUGCUCAGCGGCGACACCUGCGUGCCCGUGGGCCAGUGCGGCUGCCUGCACGAUGGCCGCUACUACCAGCUGGGCGAGGCCUUCUACCCGGGCCCUGAGUGCGAGCGGCGCUGCGAGUGCAAGGCGGAUGGCCAGGUCAGCUGCCAGGAGGGCGCGGCCUGCGGGCCCUACGAGGAAUGCCGGCUGGACAACGGCGUCCAGGCCUGUCACCCCACCGGCUGUGGCCGCUGCCUGGCCAGCGGGGGCAUCCACUACAUCACGCUUGACGGCCGUGUCUAUGACCUGCAUGGCUCCUGCUCCUACGUCUUGGCCAAGGUCUGCCACCCGAAGCCUGGGGACGAGGACUUCACCAUCGUGCUUGAGAAGAACGCAGCUGGGGACCCCCAGCGCCUGCUGGUCACAGUGGCUGGUCAGGUUGUGGCCCUGGCUCGGGGACCACAGGUCACCAUAGACGGCGAGUCUGUGGCCUUACCUGUGGCCGUGGGCCACGUGCGGGUGACUGCCGAGGGCCGCAACGUGGUUCUGCAGACCACCAAGAACCUGCGGCUUCUCUUUGACGGCGAUGCCCACAUCCUCAUGUCCAUCCCCAGCCCUUUCCGUGGGCGACUCUGUGGCCUCUGUGGGAAUUUCAACGGCAACUGGAGCGAUGACUUUGUCCUGCCCGGUGGCACGGCAGCCCCCAGCGUGGACACCUUCGGAGCUGCGUGGCGGGCGCCAGGCUCCCCCCAGGGCUGUGCCGAGGGCUGCGGGCCGCAGGGCUGCCCCGUGUGCUUGGCGGAGGAGACGGCACCCUACGAGAGCAAGGAGUCCUGCGGGCGGCUCCGCGACCCCCAGGGCCCCUUCGCCUCCUGCCAUGCCUUCCUGAGUCCCUCCGAGUACUUCCGCCAGUGCGUGUACGACAUGUGUGCCCAAAAGGGUGACGAGGCCUUCCUCUGCCGCAGCCUGGCGGCCUACACGGCAGCCUGUCAGGCCGCCGGCGCCACCGUGAAGCCCUGGAGGACAGACAGCUUCUGCCCGCUCCAGUGCCCCGCCCACAGCCACUACUCCAUCUGCACGCGCACCUGCCAGGGCUCCUGCGCCGCUCUCUCCGGCCUCACCGGCUGCACCACCCGCUGCUUUGAGGGCUGCGAGUGCGACGACCGCUUCCUGUUCUCCCAGGGCGCCUGCAUCCCCGUCCAGGACUGCGGCUGCACCCACGAUGGCCGAUACUUGCCGGCCAACUCCUCCUUGCUGACCCCGGACUGCAGCGAGCGCUGCUCCUGUUGCCCGAGCUCCGGCCUGACGUGCCAGGCAGCUGGCUGCCCGGAAGGCCGUGUCUGCGAGAUCCAGGCUGGAGUCCGGGACUGCUGGGCCUCCCGCGCUCUCUGUUCCCUCUCCGUGGAUGCCAACCUGACCACGUUUGACGGAGCCCACAGCGGCACCUACCCUCCUGGCAUCUAUGAGCUCUCCUCCUACUGCCCAGGACUAGAGAAGACCAUCCCCUGGUACCGUGUGGUUGCCGACGUCCAGCCCUGCCAUGGCAAAGUCCAGGCUGUGGGCCAGGUCCACAUCUUCUUCAAGGAUGGGAUAGUGACAGUGUCCCCAAACAAGAACGUGUGGGUGAACGGUCUCCAAGUGGAGCUCCCAGCAGAGGUGUUAACGUCUGUGUCCGUGAGUCAGACACCUGACGGCUCCAUGCUAGUCCAACAGAAGAAAGGGGUCCAGGUGUGGCUUAGGACCAACGGGAAGCUGGACGUGAUGGUCAGCGAUGACCACGCUGGGCUGCUGUGUGGGGCCUGCGGGAACUUCGACGGGGACCAGACCAAUGAUGGGGCUGACUCCCAAGGGAAGACAGGGAUGGACAGGUGGCGAGCGCAGGACUUCUCCCCAUGUUACAACUGAUCAGUGAUCCACCGGGAAUGAAGACUUCAGGACCUGACCCCCCGGAGGUUGCGAUAUUUGAGAGGGGAAGAGCAGGCUAGGGGCACACCCUACCUGAGCUCCUGAGGCCAAAUGGGAGAGCAUUGAAUAAAUACCUUCAGCAAAGCUGCA